AUGUCUUCUCCCUUCUUCGUCUUCUUCUUCUUGGUCUUCUUCUUCGGAGGGGGAGGGACGAUUCACAUCGCGAGAGGAGAGGAAAGCGUGAGUGCGAUGACUAUUCGAGGAGGAGGAGGAGGAGGAGGAAUAAGAAGAAGAAGACCAAAACGGAGAGAAGAAGAGGCGUGCGGAUGUGAAAUAGGCGUGGAGGAGUACGAUGCGCACGAAGAGAGCAACUGGUGGGAUACGAGAACGAAGAUACCGUUCGCUUCCGCCAAAGACGCUUUGGAGAAGAUGUCGUUCAACAACUCCGUAUUGGUGAUGAUGACGAACGCAGGGGAGGUGGAUUUACUGGAUAAUUACUUGUGUUCUUUGCGUUUGUCUGGUUUGAAUAAGUACAUCGUCUUUGCGACGGACGAGAGGGCGAUGAAACAUCUGGAGUAUCGCGGAUACAAUGCCGUGGACGGAACGAAUAUCAUUAAGAACAACAACAAUAACGCAAAGAAGAAAGAGGGUGAUAGCAAGGAAGAAAACGAGGAAGAAGAGGAAAAGAUAAAAACGGAGAUUAAACUGAGCAGUAAAGACGCUGAAUUCGGGCGAAAAGCGUGGAAGCGCCUGACCCAAGCAAAGCUGAAAAUUGUUGAGUUUGUCUUGAAGAGCGGCUACGACGCCUUUCUUACCGACGUAGAUAUCGUCGCGUUUCAUAACUUCAUGCCAGAGCUUAUCAAAACCUCGGAAAAAAAUCUCUGGCUGAGAGAUGGCCAAGAAGUGAACACUGGUUUCUACUUUAUGCGGAAGAAAUCGAGUAAUUUAAACUUGCUCGAAGCGGCGUUUCAGCGAAUCAAAGAAACGCACGGAAGUCACGACGACCAGAAAAUAAUCAACGCCAUAAUGAAAUCUUCUCAGCGAAAGUUUUUACCCACCCCUGAGUAUGCCAACGGAUGUUUCAUGAAAACCGAAAGCGGUCGAACGGCAGUGGCAAACGGCAAAGUCAAGGCGGUCCACGUCAACUGCGCGCAAUCGAAAGUGGUCAAACACAAAAUUAUGUGUCGACGAGGCCUUUGGUUUUGUCGCCAGCCUCCUACGUCGGCGCACGUCGCGCACGACGGGGGUCAAACGUGCGUAAAACCUGGUGGAACGUACGUAGUAAACGACGAGAGGAAAGUUUAG